AUGAAAGAUGCGGUAGUGAAUUUCGUUGGAGAUAAGGCGAGGACCCUUACUGAUAUCGCAAAGAAGCAAGUCAUGGAGAAAACGGGAAUGCCAGAAUGGGGUUUCGUCAUCUUCGGAAUAUUGUGCUUGGCAAUUGUGCUUUGCUGUGCAUUCGUUUGUAUUCGCAAGUUGUUCGGUAAGAAGCGACAUGGUGAUAAGAACAAAAAGAGUCUGAAAGGAUUUUUCGGUGGGAAAGGCGCUGAUUUGGUCACAAUCGAUAAAGCAAAAUUACAACCCGACCUUGAGGCUCUCGAAGAAAAUAUGGAAGAAAACGAGAAAGAGCAAGCGGAACAAAAGGAAGAGGUCAAAUUGGGGAGAAUUCAGUACAAACUGGAUUACGAUUUUCAGCAGAAUCAGUUAGCAGUCUCGGUGAUUCAAGCUGAAGACCUUCCUGGCAUGGACAUGAGCGGUACUUCAGAUCCAUAUGUCAAACUCUAUUUACUCCCAGAGAAGAAAAAGAAAGUGGAAACAAAAGUUCACAGAAAGACACUGAAUCCAGUUUUCAAUGAGACAUUCAUCUUCAAGGUGCCAUUCAAUGAAAUAACGAACAAGACAUUGGUAUUCGCCAUUUAUGAUUUCGAUCGAUUCUCGAAACAUGAUCAAAUCGGACAGGUUUUGAUUCCACUCGGUAAAAUUGAUCUUGGCCAAGUGAUUGAGGAAUGGAAAGAUAUUGCUCCACCACCAGACGACAAAGAAGCUGAAAAGAGUCUCGGCGACAUCUGCUUUUCACUGAGGUACGUUCCAACGGCUGGAAAAUUGACUGUUGUUAUACUGGAAGCGAAAAAUCUCAAAAAAAUGGAUGUGGGUGGACUUUCAGAUCCGUACGUGAAAAUCGUUCUGCUGCAAGGAGGUAAACGUUUGAAAAAGAAGAAAACAAGUAUUAAGAAAUGUACACUCAAUCCAUAUUACAAUGAAUCGUUUUCAUUCGAAGUUCCUUUCGAACAGAUUCAGAAGGUUUCGUUAAUGAUCACUGUGAUGGAUUACGAUAAGCUUGGUUCGAAUGACGCGAUUGGUCGAUGCUUAUUGGGUUGCUCAGCAACUGGUGCUGAGCUAAGACACUGGAUGGAUAUGUUGGCAAGUCCGCGUCGACCGAUUGCUCAGUGGCAUACAUUAGGACCUGUUGAAGAUCCAGAAAAAUCUUAG